AUGAAUUAUCCCCAACAGCCUCAGAACAACCCUCAAUUAUACCCUCAAACGCCGAAACCAAUCAGAAUCAAGUUGAAGGUAAAUGCGCCUGUUCCACCCACCACCGAGCCUGUUCCGCCCACCACCGAGCCUGCUCCACCCACCACCAAGCCUGUUCCACCAACGGCUAUGCCCAUACCAAUACCAACCAAACUGCCACCACCAAAGCUUGACACCCAAAAGGCAAGUGUUAAAAGGGGUAAGAAUAUCCCUCAGCCUUCGGUUCCAUUGCAAGACACCCAACCUACUCGCCGAUCCAGCAGAAGGAAGUAG